AUGCCGGGAAAAACGGGAAACGGGAUACAUGCUACAAAAUUGUUAGUAGAUCUGUCUGUCCGAGGUGGAGUUUUGUGCUAUACUGUUUAUGGGUGGACAUGCGAGGGGAAGAAGGAUAGCCAUGGGUCAGUUCAGUCAGGGUUCGGAAAUGAAGGGGGGGAUGAGGGAUCCGGUGGUGGUGUUCCUUUGGGUGGUAAGGCGAACGGUGGAUGGAAGCACAUGGUUGAUGGGUUCGACGGCUGGUUAGCUGUGCAGUGGUCUGUUCAUUCUGUGCUAGUCUUUUCUCUCUUUACUCCCGGGAUUCUUGUCGAGCAGGCUGGCUUACUUCUUCCCACUUGUCUCAGACACCUUGCACCUACUUCUUACUUGAAGCCUCACCAAGGCUGUAGAGCACCUGACCUCACCCAUUCCUUCUACUGGGCUUCCGUCUAG